AUGACAUUAGGCGUUGAAAAUACACAUCAAAAAAAUGGCAUUGGGGGGCGUCUUCUGGAAUUUGGAUGUCAAAAAAUGGAGGAACAAAACUGCUCGUCUGUCUAUCUCCACGCACUCACAACAAACACAUCAGCACAUCAGUUCUAUAAAAAUCACUCAUUUGUAAUUAAAAAGUUGAUUCCAAAGUACUACAGUUUUUCAGAAACCCCACAAGAUGCUUAUUACUUGCAAAGAAAUUUCAAGGAGGUCAGGUGGUCUUUCUUAACAUACUGCUUCGACCAAAUCAUUAUCUUCUUCGACUCGACUUGA